GUCCUAAACACACAAUUCCCCAUAUCUCUCUCACUUCCUCUUUCUCAUUUUGUUGUUGGUUAUUAAUUUAUUUUGCCAUCAGUUCCAAACUCUUUGGAAAAGUUUUUCUCUCCUCCUUUCUCUCUCUUAUCUCUUCUUUGUCUUCUUCUUCACAAUAAUAAUAAUAAUAACAAAAACCUGCUCAAUUCAUCUACCAAAAUAAAUUCUCCUCCAAGAUUUUGCAGAGAAAGAUAUUGUUUUGAAGUGCAGAUUUUUCUCCAAUUUUCAACUUUGUCCAAACUCUCCAGCAUUCAGAUUUUAUUGUUUUCUUCAAGCUCAAACAUGGCUUCAACUACCACCAUGAAUUGUCCAACACCUAUGAAAGCUACAUCAAAUGGAGUAUUCCAAGGGGACAGUCCAUUGGAUUAUGCACUUCCACUUGCAAUUGUACAAAUAUGUUUGGUGCUUGUACUCACUCGAGUCCUCGCCUAUCUUCUCCGUCCUCUAAGACAGCCCCGCGUCAUUGCUGAGAUUAUUGGAGGAAUUCUACUCGGUCCAUCUGCACUUGGCCGGAACCAGAAGUAUCUAGACUUAAUAUUUCCACCAAGGAGCCUCACAGUGUUAGACACUUUAGCCAACUUUGGCCUCCUUUUCUUUCUUUUCCUUGUUGGGCUCGAGUUAGAUCCAAGGUCUAUUCGUCGUACUGGAAAAAAAGCUCUUAGUAUUGCCCUUGCUGGAAUUAGCCUCCCUUUUGCAUUAGGAAUAGGGACAUCAUUUGUUCUUAGAGGAAGUAUUAACAAGGGAGUUAGCCAAGGUCCUUUUCUAGUCUUCAUGGGAGUUGCCCUUUCUAUCACCGCCUUCCCCGUCUUGGCUCGGAUUCUAGCUGAACUCAAGCUUUUAACGACUGAUGUUGGUCGAAUGGCCAUGUCUGCUGCAGCAGUUAAUGACGUGGCUGCUUGGAUUUUGCUUGCCCUUGCUAUUGCCCUUUCAGGUACUGGUCAUUCACCCCUUAUUUCACUAUGGGUACUUUUGUGCGGGACCGGAUUCGUCCUGCUUUGCACGGUCAUUGGCCCUCCGGUGUUCAACUGGAUGGCUAAACGUUGUGCUGAUGGUGAGCCGGUUGAUGAGUUGUACGUCUGCGCUACACUUGGAGCCGUGUUAGCUGCAGGAUUUGUUACUGAUACUAUUGGUAUUCAUGCCUUAUUCGGGGCUUUCGUGCUUGGAGUUCUUGUACCUAAGGAAGGACCGUUUUCCGGUGCCUUAGUGGAAAAAGUUGAGGAUCUUGUUUCCGGUCUAUUCCUUCCGUUGUACUUCGUCUCGAGUGGAUUAAAGACAAAUGUAGCUACUAUUCAAGGGGCACAAUCAUGGGGUCUUCUUGUUCUAGUCAUAUUUACGUCGUGUUUUGGGAAAAUCGUUGGCACUAUUUUAGUCUCACUCUUGUGUAAGAUGCCCGUUCAGGAAGCUGUUACGCUUGGUUUUUUGAUGAACACGAAAGGUCUAGUGGAGCUCAUUGUCCUCAACAUCGGAAAAGAUAGAGGGGUACUGAAUGAUCAAACGUUUGCCAUCAUGGUGUUGAUGGCCCUCUUCACGACGUUCAUCACGACACCUAUAGUGGUAUCAGUUUAUAAGCCGGCUAAACUGGCUAUAACCAAGUACAAGAACAGAACGAUUGAGAGGAAAGACAUGAGCAAACAACUCCGAAUCUUGACCUGUUUCCAUAGCACGAAGAAUAUUCCCACGAUGAUCAAUCUCAUCGAGUCUUCUCGUGGUACUGCAAAGAAAGAAGGACUCCGUGUCUAUGCAAUGCACCUUAUGGAACUUUCUGAAAGAUCUUCCGCGAUUUUGAUGGUCCACAAGGCUAGAAAAAACGGACUGCCUUUUUGGAAAAAAGGAGAUGUUUCAGAUUCUAAUCAAAUUGUUGUUGCUUUUGAGACUUUUGAGCAUCUUAGUAAGGUGUCCAUCCGGCCAACAACUGCAAUAUCUCCGAUGAAUAGCAUGCAUGAGGACAUAAUCACUGGUGCAGAGAGAAAGAGGGUCGCGAUGAUAAUUCUCCCGUUCCAUAAGCAUCAACGAAUCGAUGGACAUUUGGAAACAACAAGAGCUGAUCUUAGGCACGUUAACCGGAGAGUCCUUCAACACGCGCCUUGUUCAGUUGGCAUCUUGGUAGACCGAGGACUCGGUGGUGCAUCUCAUGUAUCUGCUAGCAAUGUUGAUUUUAAAGUAACCGUCUUGUUCUUCGGGGGCCAUGAUGAUCGCGAAGCACUUGCUUAUGGUACGCGUAUGGCAGAGCACCCUGGCAUUAACUUGCUUGUGGUUCGUUUUCUAGUGGACCCCGAGGUUGUUGGAGGGAGUGUCAAGUUAGACAUGGACAAAACUCAUAGUUCUGACGAGGGUCAAUCCAAGGAUGAAGAGUUGCUUACCGACUUAAAACACAAAACUUCCAAUAACGGUUCGAUCAACUAUGAAGAGAAGUUAGUAAAGGAUGCAGCAGGGACUACAGAAUUAAUUCGUGCAUAUAACCGAUGCAAUUUGUUUCUCGUAGGAAGAAUGUCUGAGGGUCAAGUGGUAGCAGCUUUGGAUAAAAAGAGUGAUUGCCCGGAAUUAGGUCCUUUAGGUAACUUGCUAACUUGUCCCGAAUUUUCAACUACAGCGUCGGUUUUGGUGGUGCAACAGUAUCGAAGUGAGUUAUCUCAAGAUUCAAUCAAUUCGUUGAAGGAUGACGAGUUAACAGAAGGCGAUAAUGAUUCAAACUGAAAGUACUAGGUAGGUCCAAAUGUUCGAGUUGUGUUGAUAGUAAGUGAGAACACUGUUGAUCCUCCUAGGUAGGUUCAAAUGUUCGAGUUGUGUAGAUAGUAAGCGAGAACACUGUUGAUCCUCCUAAUGUGUGACAGGAAGUAACACGAAAAAUAGGUAAAAGAAGUAGUCACAAUUAGUUUGUACAGUAACAGAUAGCUAAGGGAAUGUUAAGAGUUAGUUCAUUUCCCUUGCUUUUCCUUCUGCCUUUGUGUUUGUAAUUAGAGCUGCAAAAUCUCCAAGCUUCUCUGAAGCUAUACUGCUCGGAAUCUCCGAAAAUGUUUCCGCAUCUGUAUCGGAUCUUUAAAAGAUGUGGUGCUUUUAAAGGGUCCGACACGUACCGACGAUAUUUUUAAAGAGUUAGAGCAACAUAGCUUUGAAAGAUCACAAGUGUAUCCUUAUCCUAAAUUUCUUGAUUUCAUAAUUGUCACAGUUAUCUUUUACUUAACAAUGUAGCCUUUGAUUGCAUUAUAUAUUUCAUCCAAGAAUAAUUGAUAUAAUAGUAUCACCUCUUCUGACCAACUACUCUGGUACCAAAUUAACAUUGGGAGUAAAUUUUCUUUUAUUGUUUAUCAGAUAGCUAUGUCGAAUUAUCAUGUAGAAUAAAUGUUGGUUUUUUAAAGAUGGUGCACCAAAAGGGGUUGAAAUUAUUGAUUGAAAAUGUCUCUCAAUAAUUUUAUUAAGGAUGGAGGGCUUUAAAUAGCCAACAUGGAAACAAAAAAUCUGCAGAAUAUCUAUAGAAUAAAAUUUAAAGUCCUAAAUUAUCUCAACUAAAAACUUAUCUAACUAAGUUCAAUUAUAAAUAAAGACUCCUCCGACAACUAAACUACUUAUUAUUCUAGUAAAUCAGCAGUAACAAAAGCAAAUAUACAACACUCCUCCUUUAUUUUAGUUACAGCAAUCAAAAAAUUGCUCCCUUCAAUUUCUGCUUUUGUUGGUACUGAAUUCUUUAGAGUGUUUUUGAAUUUGCACACUUUUUUACCACGACUCUCCCUUCUUCUCUCUUUUUUUUUUUUUUUUUCCCUCUCUUUCUUCUCUUGGUUUGGUGCAUAAAAGGCAUUUUCAAUAAUCUUUUCUUGUUUGAAAGCUCUUUGGAAAGUGUUUUAAUAGGAUUUGCACAGAGUGUUUGCAAGUAACGUUCUUCCAUUAUAGCAUUCCAUAAAUCAUAUCUGGUAGUUUUCGCCGGUGAAAGUUUUUGGGGCAUUCAAAGAGAGGUUGCUGCUUGCCAUGUUUGAAAAUAGGUUAAAACUGAUAUUGCUUAAAAAUCAGUAUUGCUUGAAAAAUAGUCCUGCUUGUUGAAAAUAAGCAAGGAUUAAAAAUGAGUUGAAAAUAGUUUUUGAAAAUGGUUAUUUAGAUGAACACAUAUCCCGUA